GAGCUCGCUCUGCGGCAGCAAACCUCCAGCAACAAUUGACGACACACGGCCCCUGCCACCAUGAUCUGCAGACCGGCUCUGACGAGGGGCAGCCAGCUAGCUCUUCGCCGCCAGGGAGCUGCGAAGCUUGCGCGGCGCGGCUUUGCGGCCGUUGCGUCGCCGAAGGCGUCCUACGAGCCGACCACCAUCGGCGAUGUCAAGGUCGCUUCCCGCGACGACGGCGGGCCGACCACUCGCCUCGCCGUCGUCGCGAAAGCCGGCACCCGGUACGAGCCGCUCCCGGGCUUGACGGUCGGAUUGGAGGAGUUCGCCUUCAAGAACACCCAAAAGCGCUCCGCUCUCCGCAUCACCCGCGAGACCGAGCUCCUCGGCGGCCAAUUGAGUUCCUACCACACCCGGGAAGCCCUCGUGCUGCAGGCCAACUUCCUCCGCGAAGAUCUCCCCUACUUCGUGGAGCUUCUCGGCGAGGUGCUCUCGCAGACCCGGUACACCACCCACGAGUACCACGAGGAGGUUGAGGACGUCAUCCACGCCAAGCAGGCCAAGGUCGAUGCUGCCGCCGUCGCCCUCGACGCCGCCCACUCGGUUGCUUUCCACACCGGCCUCGGCGCCCCUCUCUAUCCGACCCCGAGCACCCCGAUCUCCUCGUACCUGAACGAGCACUCGGUCGCCGCCUUUGCCGAGGCUGCCUACUCCAAAUCCAACAUUGCCGUGAUCGCCGACGGCGCCAGCCAAGCCGGCCUCUCGAAAUGGAUUGAGCCCUUCUUCCAGGCCGUGCCCGCCCAGUCGCCUUCCCCCCUGAACACGGCGGCGUCCAAGUACUACGGCGGCGAGCAGCGGAUCGCCAGGCUCGGCGGCAACUCGGUGGUGAUCGCCUUCCCCGGCGCCGCCCUCGGCGCUAACCAGCCCGAGAUCGCCGUCCUCGUCGGCCUGCUCGGCGGCGAGUCCACCAUCAAGUGGUCGCCCGGCUUCUCACUCCUGUCGAAAGCCGCCGCUGCCGCGCCGGGCGCGUCUGCCAAGGCCAUCAACUUCGCCUACUCGGAUGCCGGCCUUCUGGCCAUCCAGAUCAACGGCCAGGCGAAGGCGGUCCGCAAGGCCGCCGAGGAGUCGGUCAAGGCGCUGAAGAGUGUUGCGGAGGGUGGUGUCUCGAAGGAGAACCUGGUCAAGGCGAUUGCCAAGGCCAAGUUCAACCUGCUUUCGGCCAGCGAGGCCAGCGGCACCGGUCUCGUGCUCACGGGCUCCAGCCUGAUCCACGGAGGCCAGCCGCUGCAGGUUGCCGAGUCGGUCAAGGCGCUGGAAGGCGUGACUGCCGACAAGUUGAAGACUGCUGCCAAGACACUAUUAGAGGGCAAGGCGUCGGUUGCGGCGGUGGGUGAUCUGCACGUCUUGCCGUUCGCCGAGGAGCUCGGGCUCAGGCCCUCUGCCGCCGUAGACUCGCGGCUCGCCCAUCACACUGUGCAUAUAGUGAUUCUACACCUAACUCACUUUCCUCUGUCUGUAUGCCAUGGCGAGGGGACUAUUACUAUUGGGAUAUGUGUCUGGUCACGUGACUCGGAGCUGGGCGGAGCUUGUCGGCUCUUCGCGAGCCGUUUUCUCGCGCCCAGAAAACGGGCUCAUCCCGAAUCUCGCUCGCACUGCGAAACCAAGUCGGUUAACCGUCCUGCCCCAACCGCCAAAAUGACGUUCGCGUGGAAAGCCGCUGGCCUGACCUACAACCGCUACCUCGCCGUCGCCGCCCGCGUCGUGCGCCGCAGCCUGAAGGAGGAUAAGAGACUCGCGGCUGAGCGCCGGGGCCAGCAGGACCUGCGAUUCGCGAAGUGGUCGAACGGCAAGCAGGGAGAGAUCAAGAACCUGGCCGAGGCCAACGCCCAGGCGGCCGUCGAGAGCGCUGCGACCGGUGGUACGGCUUGAGGAGGAGCAAUGAUGGGCUGAGGCGAUAGUGGGGGUGGUAGAGGAGGGUCGGAUGGACGGACGGGGGCUGGAAAGGGUGUAAAACUCAAACGGACUGGCGCGCUACGGCACCUCAUCGCUUCCGGCGUCUGCGAGCGUUGGGACUGUACCAUAUUCGGGAGAUGCUCAAUAGAGUACCUUGACAGAGACG